AUGUCACCCGCCGCUGUCGCCAAUGCUGUUUCCCCUGUUCUCUCGGGAAUUGAGGCGUAUUCCAAUAUCGAGUCUGACCUGUCUUUGACAAAGAAAUUGGGUCGCCAUGACAUCGUCCCCUCAUCGAGCGCCAUUCGCCUUUCUGACUCGAUUCUAAAGCCUCCCUCCUUUCACUCUCAAUCCCCUAGUUCCUCCUCGGCGCCACGUGCUACUAGCCCAUAUCUUCCCAUCGGCAUCCUGCGACCGUAUAUCUCUUCACACCACUCGAUCCCAUUUCCAGAGACAGAGCUUGCCAAUUUGGAAAAACAUGGGUGGGUGCAGGUACGCUGGAAUCAUUGUGAAUCCCACCCUGAACAGACCUUUGCGCAGGUCUAUGUUCUACCAAAUGAUGUUGGGCAAAACUAUAUCCCGCGAACGAAAAACUUGUUGAGGAAAGCUUUAAAGGUUGUUAUGGCCAGUCUUGACAGCUCUCCGGCAGCUUGGAACGGCAUAUUUGAUACGACCUCCGCAGAACAGAGUCCUGACGCGGCCGAGGACGAAUCAUUGUGGUACAUAUUCAACACUCUGGACAACCCAAUGCCCGUUAUAGAGGAUGUUAAUGAUGCAUAUGGACGAUUGGCCAUGCAAGAAUUAAUAGCGAGCUCGAGAGAGCUCGAAGCAGAAACCAGAGAGGAGUCUGGUGUAAUCGGACUCAAAACGCCUCUACAUCCUUACCAAUGUCGCUCGGCAGCUACCAUGAUCCAGCGAGAAGUGCAGCCGAAACAAAUGCUGGAUUCGCGACUACAGAUACACAAGACACCGUAUGGUCAGGAAUACUACUAUGACAAAGAAGAGGGCAUUUUGUUAAGUGAGAAACGCCUUUAUGAGGAAGCUUGUGGUGGCAUUCUUGCGGAGACUAUGGGUUGCGGGAAAACCCUGAUUUGUCUCGCAGUCAUUCUAUCAACACGAGGCCAUUUCCCUCGCAUUCCGAUGGAGUACCAGGAAACUAAGAAUCCAGUUCGUUCAUCGGUAGGCUCCCUAAUGCAGAUGGCAGCUGCUACAGCCGGUCGAUUCUCGGUUCCUUGGCCUAGUCAUUUUCGACGAUUGCAGAAUAUCGGUAUAAACCAUGUUCGAUGUGUAGAGGAAUGUGAGCGCCAGAGGGGGUCCUAUACUAUACCUCCGCCGCCGUCUAGGUAUAUGAGUCGAGGGGGAUGGUUAUCACGCCCACCAGCAGUUCAUAUCCGGCUUGCUUCGGGCACACUUAUUAUUGUUCCUCCCAAUCUCGUUGAUCAUUGGCAAAGUGAAAUCGCUACCCACACGGAGGGACUAAACGUGCUCAUUCUCCGAGAACGAAAAGACAAGACGCCUUCAGCAGAUGAGCUGUUGCAAUAUGAUAUCAUAUUGUUUGCGCGUACUCGAUUCGAAAAAGAAGCUGGAGAGCCCGAGACUAAUCGACGUUAUCCCGCGGCGCUUGCCUCAGAAGAAUCUCCUCUGAAGAAAUUCCACUGGCUUCGGAUAAUUGUAGACGAGGGGCAUAAUGUUGCUGGGCAUGGGUACAAGACCAGCACCAUGCACAUGCUGGAUCAACUUCACGUCGAACGAAGAUGGGUAGUGUCUGGAACACCCUCAAAUGGCCUUUACGGCGCUGAACUCAGCCUUGCCUCCCAUCAGAGGCUAGCGAGUGAUACUAGUUCUGGAGACGAGGUGACAUCGUCGGUUCUGCAUUCUCGCAAAAAGACAGGUACAGCUAUUGAUGAAGAAUUGAAGGAUGUGGACAACCUGCGGCUCAUUGUUGUGGACUUUUUGAGACACAGGCCUUGGGCGAACUCUCGAUUUGACGACCCGGCGAAUUGGACGAAAUAUAUCAAACCAGUCGGUGAAGAUGGAAGACGAAGAAAAGCACCUUCGCUGCGUGCUGUGCUUCAAGGCCUGGUGGUGAGGCACCGUUUAGAUGUUAUCAACGAGGAGCUCCCACUUCCGCGGUUGCAUAACAAGGUCGUUAGCCUUGAACCGACCUUCUACGACAAGAUGGCAAUUAACCUUUUCUUAUUCAAUCUUACUGUCAAUGCAGUCACGUCGGAACGCAAGGACCAGGACUAUAUGUUUCAGAGUAGGAACAGAAAACAUCUUAGUCUGCUCAUCAAUCAUUUACGCCAGGCAGGAUUCUGGUGGACCGGUCAUAAGCCGAAGGAUAUUGAGUCUACGAUCGACGUGGCUGUCAAAUAUGUGGAAAAUAACAAGGAGAAGAUGGCAGCAGAGGACAUCCAUCUAUUGACAGAGGGCUUAAAAAUUGCAUAUCGGGCACUUACGAGCCAGAGUUUCAGCGUGUUCAGCCAAUCUGAUGAACUGGGUGUCUAUGUGCAAAACUUUCCAGAACAUGCCAGCCAGCACUGGGCAUUGACACCGGAUCGUGACGAGUCAAAGCCGUUACUUCUGGGACUAUCACAGGCACGACUUGCGCAGACGUUUGUAACUUCACACCUCCAGUAUGAAGACCCUGCGGAAGGGCUCGCAGGAGCAGGGAUCAGCGCCCGCCGUCAGCUUCUAGAGCGAUCUGAAAAGAAACCUGCCAGAAAUGAGUCAGGCGUGGCAGAUAAUCUAACCCACAAAAACAAGCCCUCUGAAAAUCGGCCGCCAAAGAAAACGUUUCUUAAGGGCGUGAGCAAGCGCCUACAGCCUGAAUCGCCACUGUCAAAUACAAAGCUCGUCGCAACCACCUCUGCGAAGCUCACUUAUCUGUUAGACCGAGUUCAGGAGCUGCAUAAAUCAGAGAAGAUCAUCAUUUUUUACGAAAAUAAUAACACAGCGUUCUGGAUUGCAGAAGGACUUGAAUUGUUAGGCAUAGACUUUCGAAUUUAUGCUAAUACUCUUAAAACGAGUCAAAAGGCGGCAUAUUUAUCGCUAUUCGAGGAGUCAUCUAGUGUGAGAGUCUUACUCAUGGAUUUGCGACAGGCAUCUCACGGGCUACAUAUUGCUAGUGCAUCUCGCGUGUUCAUCGUAAACCCCAUUUGGAGGCCUUAUGUUGAGAGUCAAGCUAUCAAACGCGCGCACCGUAUCGGACAGACGAAGCCCGUCUUUGUGGAGACUUUGGUCCUGAAAGAUACUCUAGAGGAGAAGAUGCUGCGCCGGAGACAGGAAAUGUCGAAUUCAGAAAUGCAGCAUGCCGAAAGGGACAUGCUGGACGACUCGACUAUGAGUUCGAUCAUUCAACGCGAGCGGUUUUAUCAAUUGCCCGAAGAUGACGCUUCCAUCGAACCCGCAUAUCUGCAGCAGUUUUGUGGCUUCUUUGACCGUCACGAACUGCCGAUUCCUGAUGAUCUGGUGGAAUCCAAUCCUUCUCCUAGCACGCCAGGAAGAAGAAACACAACUCCAGCAACCAAAAAGCGCAAAGUUGCUAUUUCUUCUCCUUCGGCUCAGACAUCAUAUGCAACGCCACGCCCUGAAAUUGAUCUUUCCCCGGACCUUCCCACUCCUCCUAAGAAGAGAAAGAUGGUGCCCAAGUUCCAAAUUGUGACUGACAAUGGGAUCAUUAUGACUCCUCCGAGAGGAUCGGGAUCGUCGCGGAAUUCCGGGUCUCCUAGCUCUCCUCCAUCAGCACCAGCCCAGCAAAGCCUUAAUCGAAGUCCGGCGAAGGCUCGCGAUGAGGAUGUUGAUGAUAGAACGUCAUUGAUGAGUUUGUUCGGUGGAUGA